CGCUGCACUUCCGGCUCGCCAAGCGGAGCCUGAACGAAAACAAAAUGCGAUAGUUUAACUUCCCCGAUGAGCUGUGAUCAAUGACGACGCUGUUAACGCUUCUCGGCACAUUUCACUGUCUGCGUGUGUAAAUGUCACAUGUCUGUAGCUGAGGCGUUUGGCAGCAGUCACGAUUAACUAUGCAGUUCUCUCCCUCAAACGGAGACUUUACGUUCGUCUCUUCGACGGAGGCUGAAGAGCUCAGCGGCACCAUCAGUGCCCCGGAUAUCAAACUGAACGUGGGUAGCGACAGCGGUAAAGAUCCAUAUGCAACCACCUUCCUGAGGCAGCGAGGCUACGGCUGGUUGCUUGAGGUGGAGGAAGAUGAGAGGGAAGAGAGUAAACCUCUUCUGGAGGAGCUGGACAUCGACCUGAAGGACAUCUAUUACAAGAUUCGAUGUGUGCUGAUGCCAAUGCCAUCGCUGGGUUAUAACCGGCAGGUGGUCAGAGACAACCCGGACUUCUGGGGUCCUCUAGCCGUGGUGCUGCUCUUCUCCAUGAUCUCCAUCUAUGGGCAGUUUAGGGUUGUGUCUUGGAUAAUCACUAUCUGGAUUUUUGGGUCUCUAACAAUCUUCCUGCUGGCUCGUGUUCUUGGUGGUGAAGUUUCCUUCGGCCAGGUCCUUGGAGUGAUCGGAUAUUCCCUCCUUCCCCUCAUCGUCAUAGCCCCUCUGCUCGUAGUCAUUGGAGGGUUCGAGGUGGUUUCUACCCUCAUCAAACUGUUCGGAGUGUUCUGGGCUGCUUACAGUGCUGCUUCACUGCUCGUCGGAGAUGAAUUUAAAACGAAGAAACCCCUUCUCAUUUAUCCCAUUCUCCUUUUGUAUAUCUACUUCCUGUCACUAUAUACUGGUGUGUGACUCGACCAGUUGAAACUGGACCGUUCCAUGGACACGGGUAGAAAGGGGCAGCCUAACUACAGAACCAGGAUUUUUUAAAAGGGGUUUGAUUUCUUUUUUAACUGUAUUUCAUUGUAGACGGUGGGGAUUUUAGAAAUAUAUAACAAUGUACAUAGUUGUGUCCCUCUUUAGUCAAUAAACCCAAUAUGCUUUUCCAGCUUACACGCCAGGACGAAGACCUUGUCGUUAUCACCCAGGGCUGUAUAUUCAUUUAAUGGUAUAUUUUGUACAACUGAAGGAUUUGGUGCCAAAGGUGGUGAAGAAUUCAACAGAAGAGGAAGCACUACAAAGAAAGAAAAAGAUAGUUUGAGCCUAAUGUUACGUUUCAUUUAGCUGUUGCGUUAAUCCAAAGCCACUUACAAUCUGUGCAUUCAACCAUGAGGUUUAUUGUGAUGCACUGUUGUGUUGUACUUUUCAGUCUUGUUUUUCUUAAUUUGUGGGUCGUAAUAGCAGAGUCCUGUUUGCCAGCCGCUUCGUACAGGAAUAUAACCAUUUGAUCAACAUUUACACUAAAUCAAUAGUUAUUUGGCACUUUAACAUUAAACAUCCGGUGUUUCCUUUUUUUCUUUAUAUAAAGCAAAGCACAAAUGAUUAUUGUGUUUUUGUUCAGAAAGACGUGUCAUGAAAUACAUUCAAAAGCCUCUGAGGGCCUCAAUUACUGUCCAAUGAGACCUGAAGGGUUUCUCUAAUGCGCUUCUCUCUGAGUAGUUGGUUGGUAUUGUGGUUAAAGUCUGGCGGGGUUAAAGAUCAGCAUCCUCUGGGAACACAACCACAACAUCUGGCUGAGGUUGAGCACCAUCCACUGGACCCAUCUGAAGCUUCUGGUGGGUUUUACAUUACUGCAUAUAUAUAUAUAUAUAUAUAUAUAUGUGUGUGUUCUGCUCUGCUCUGUUAUUUGUUGUGUCACUGUCAGCCUGACAUCUCUCUCCCUCUCCUGUAACUUUGGUCCUGUUCUUGUUUUGUUCUUGACUCAUGUUCAGCGCUUCAUACAUGUAAACCACAGAAAUCAAGUUCUGCAGAUGUCUUGGGAUUGUAUGAUACUUUUAAUGACAUUCCUGAAGGUGACGGGCUUAAAUGGGAUUUUUUUACCGGUUUCAUGCAACACCAAAAAUUCAUGUAAAAGUGACAUCAUGAACCCAGUGUACACACACGUGAAACGCUAAAGUGCAGUGAAGGCAGCGGUGUCAAUACAGAGAGCCUCAAAUGGGACUCGCCAGGCUGAGUAACAAGCCACCUAACUUUCAGACAAACAGCUCUGUGAGCCAAACGCGAAGCGUCUACAGGCAGAUGGGAAUUUCAUUUUCUUUCACAGGUAUUUGGUCGUAAACUAAAGUGAAAUGGAAAGUUGGACUUGAUCAAAAGUAUGAGGAUCACAAGUUUUGCAAAUUCUAGGGUAACAGGGUUAAUGAUACUAUGACUGUGACAUGGGUACAAACCUGCGAGCUCCCAUAGCAGUAACCUGCUGUCGUUAUCAUCCAUCCAUCUGCAAACCACUUAUCCUGCACACAGGAUGGACAAGGACUGCACAGGGCUGGAGUCUAUCCCAGCCAACUUCGGCCAAGAGACCGGGUACACCUUGGAUUGGUUGCCAGCCAAUCGCAGGGCUGACACGGAGACAACAACCACUCACACGGAUCCCCAGUGCAUGUCUUUGGACUGUGGGAGGAAGCCAGAGAACCCGGAGAGAACAUGCAGAGUCCACACAGAAAGGCCACUGGGCGGAGUGGAACCCAGGACCUCCUUGCUGUGAGGCGACAGUGCUAACCACCACGCCGCCGUGCUGCCCUGUCGUUAUCAGUCACUGGUAUGUUUAGGGCCAUCAUUUAGUGUAACUGCUGGUGAAUUGUAUUACGUGCACUGUUCAGGGUGCUGUGAGGGUAAGGAGACACUGGGUACGGUGUUGUGAUGGGAGGUUCCAAUGGUGCCAAUGGGGAAGCAGACCUCCGGCUAACUGGAAGUGCUUGGUAUGGCUCCGCCUGUUUUGUUUUGUUGUGCUUUAGCGGCUACAACAUGCUUAUCUGCUCGGUAUAGGACAUGUCCUGUGUUCAUCAUUUGUUUCAUUUGCCCCCAGUUCCUGCAGUAAAUAGUUACAAUGUCA